AUGUUAACCCCAACACCCCGUGGAGACACACCACACUACCCCACAUCCGCCUUCCACGACCAUGACCCACACCCUCGCCCCUAUCCCCACAACUACAUCCACACCAACACCGACGCCGUAGCCUCCACCCACGCCACAAACCAAACACCAACACCACAACCCCCAUCCAGACACACAACAAUGCCCCAUCCCCCACUCCACGCCCAACCGAACACCCACACCACAGUUUCCACCCCCACCCUUCAACCCUACAACUGUACGGGGAUCUUCGCCUGUCAUCAACCUGAACGCAUUCAUCUUGAUCUGCACGAACAGAACAUUGUCGUCCUUCCAACAAACACGUUUAGGGGACUGUUCGAAGUUACUGACCUCGAUCUGUCCGGAAAUAGCAUACAAGUGCUCCCCCUAAACGUCUUAAAUGGACUGUCUAAACUCGCUUUCCUCCAUUUGAAUAAAAAUAGCAUACAAGUGCUCCCUCAUAAUGUUUUCAAUGGACUCAUACAAGUGCUCCCCCGAAACGUGUUACAUGGACUGUCUAAUCUCGCGUCCCUCCAUCUGAAUAAAAAUAGCAUACAAGUUCUCCCCCAAAGCAUGUUCAAUGGACUGUCUGAAGUUACCGUUCUCGAUCUAUCCGAAAAUAACAUUCAAGUGCUCCCUCAAGACGUGUUCAAUGGACUGUCUAAUCUAACCAUUCUCGAUCUAUCGGAAAAUAACAUAAAGAUGCUUCCUCACAACGUGUUCAAUAGACUGUCUCAACUUAAUUACCUCAAUUUGUCCGGAAAUAGCAUACAAGUGCUCCCUCAAAAUGUUUUCAAUGGACUGUCUCAACUAUAUCAUCUUAAUCUUUAUAAAAAUAGCAUACAAGUUCUCCCUCAUAACGUGUUCAAUGGACUGUCUAAUCUAACCAAUCUCUAUCUUUCCAAAAAUAGCAUACAGAUGCUCCCUCAUAACAUGUUCAAUGGGCUGUCAAAGAUAACUGCCAUCUAUCUGUCCGGAAAUAACAUACAAGUGCUCCCCCGAAACGUGUUAAAUGGACUGUCUAAUCUCGCGUCCCUCCAUCUGAAUAAAAAUAGCAUACAAGUUCUCCCCCAAAGCGUGUUCAAUGGACUAAAUAGCAUACACGUUCUCCCUCACAACGUGUUCAAUGGACUGUCUGAACUUUAUUACCUCGGUUUGUCCGGAAAUAUGAUACAAGUGCUCCCCCAUAACGUGUUCAAUGGACUGUCAAAGAUAACUGCCAUCUAUCUGUCCGGAAAUAACAUACAAGUGCUCCCCCGAAACGUGUUACAUGGACUGUCUAAUCUCGCGUCCCUCCAUCUGAAUAGAAAUAGCAUACGAGUUCUCCCUCAUAACGUGUUCAAUGGACUGUCAAAGAUAACUACCCUCUAUCUGUCCGGAAAUAGCAUACGAGUGCUCCCCCAUAACGUAUUCAAUGGACUGUCUAAGCUUUAUUUACUCGAUCUGUCCGGAAAUAGCAUACAAGUUCUCCCCCAUAACGUGUUUAAUGGACUGUCUAACUUACCCAGAUAUCUGUCCGAUAGUGGACUAUAUUAA